CGCUGAUGGCUUUCUGCAAACUGAUCAGUCUCUUGGUUGAAAGCGAUCUUCUCCAUGUAGAAACGGUUUACAGGAAAUUGGUCCACUCAAGAGAAAACAAGAACCUGGAUAUGUCAGCCAAGAUGAUGGUCAACAAAAUUCUAGUCAAGGUGCUUGAACUUCUUUGGGAAAAUUCAAUCUCACCCGAGCCACAAAGUUACAGUCUUCCAAGGUUGUUAGCAUUGGUUGAGGAUAUGGCUUCAACACUAAUGACUGCUGUCAAAACUGAUCAGCACAAUGUUUUGGUCGAUCUUGCAAAGUUAUUGAAGAGCACUUUUGGGAGUGUGCUCAAUUUAGACAAUUUUAAUCAGUAA